AUGGAUACUCGAACACGCGCCAGCUACAAUACGGAAAGCCAUCUCCGGACAUCCUAUGACGCCUGCUUUGACCUCGGAGAACAUGUACCAUUCAAUCCCAACCCCGCUGUUACUCAGAGCUCUCCUGCUAGACCCGCACGCUUCUUCUACAACUAUGCUAACACGUAUCUCCCUGUCUUCUCUUCUCGCGAUCCUCGUCUUGCGGACUAUCGUUCUCUACCCAUAUCACAAGGAUCUUACUCAAGUCCGCUACGGAAGUCGGGUGAGGUUUCCUCGACACCAACUCAGGGCGUCCGCGUCAACGACGAGCUUGCGUCGUCCCCAUCUCCUCUUACCAAGUAUCUCUCACCUGCAUACGAUGGCAUUUCCCCUCCCAUGGCUGGAUCUAGAACACCCUUUGAACGUCACUUUACUUCCUUUGCUUCGAACUUCGGGAAUCCUUGGACCUCCCCUGUUGACUGUUCCCCCGUGGACCGUGGGUCAAGGGCAACAGUUUCAUCAAGUCCUGGAUGUCUCUCCACUACAGCGUCUCCCGAGUCUCCCAAUCCUGCCGACUCUAGUGAACCGACUCCUUCGCCUCAAUCUUCUCAGACUCUGUUCUCUUCUCCUCUCACGGAAGUCUCCUCGCUUACUCAGCUAUCCUCUCCGCACCAUUCGGACAAGUUACCUUCCUCUAGCCGUCGAUCUAGGGCUGCGCGCAAAAGCUAUUUGGAGGAGGGUCACAGCGACGAUAACUCUUCUGAUUCUUCUUUCAAGCUUACUCCUCCGCACCAUCAAAAACGCCGCCGCGAUGAUUCUGCUGAUUCCCUAAAGUACUCUUCAUCUCGACGUCAAGGGAAACGUCGCCGAGUCUCAGGCCCGGCGGACAAGAACCACACUCGAAUGUCGCAACGUGGACGACCUUCAGCGACCAAAAGUUCUCAUACUUGCUCUUCGCCCCCAGUCAUCCAGCAACGCUCUUUUGGCUCGACUAUACCUGUGAAACCCGAGUACUCACUCUUUUAUAGACGUUUUCCUGUUAGCCCCUACUAUAAAUGCGAGGGAGACGAUACCUUCGUCCUCAAGACUCGCCUGAAAUCUUUCGGCGGUGCGACGUAUAAUCAUCCUAAAGGAGUUCUUGACCUGUACACUCCGCGGUUUGUCAAAGGUAUCGGAGCCUCCAAAGUCGGUUUAUGUCCGAUUUGCUGCGAGCCCCAUCACCGAGGGGGCGACGGGCAGGAUGUUUGGCUUUCAACCAAAUUUUCUGCUUUCAAGUGGUCUGUCGUCGGUUCUGUGCCUAUGAGUCAAUGGCUGAUCGUAAACCAGAUACUAAACUUCAUGGAAUCACUAAGCUACCACAUGCAAUACGCGCAUGGAAUCUCGGCAACGUCUGCGCGACCAUUCUCGCCUCCGACAGAUUUUAGGACUGUCAAGAGGAGCGAGGCCAGCAAACGCGAAAAGACGUACAUUGAGGAAGGUAAAUGCCACAAGUGCAAAAAGUGGGUUCCUAUUGAAGGCGUUAAAGAUGUAGAGGUUAAGGUCAAAGAACUAUUCUGGUGGAAACAUGCUGCAGCUUGCCAUCAAGGGCAGCAUAUUGAGGGCGACGAUGACUACUUAAUCAAAGAUGACAUCUUCCAUGGUCUAAAACACCUUGCUGAGUCGUAA